AUGGAUGAUGCUAACACUAAUCGGAUAUAUAACUAUGAAGAUACUGGUUGGGAGGAGAACAGAUCCAAAAACCUACACGACCCAUUGUUAAUGGCGAAUGUAAAAGAUGGAAAGAAGAAAAACGAUUUUGCUUCAUCUUCAAAAAUCGAUAACCCUAACGAGCUUCAUGUUCGGCAUGUGAAUGGGAAUAUUUUGCGCUUCGGUAUAAAAGAAUUUGCUAUGAUAACGGGAUUGAAAUGCAUUGGAGAUCCCAAUGACUUUCAGUAUCCCAAUACCUCAAAGAGCAGCCUUAUUCAGAAAUAUUUUCCGAAUUUAGUAAAGUCUAAUAGUGUGAGUAAGGCACGACUUGUUAACCGUUUUCUUCAAGGUAAUUGGGACAACGAUCAGGAUGUUUUCCACAUGGGAAUUCUCUACUUCCUCAACACAUUUGUUCUCUCACAACUACCUGAAUCACCCAUCCAUGUUAAUGACUUCUUGUUGGUUGAAGACGGUACAUAUGAACAUUUUCCUUGGGGACAACGUGCAUUUUCAAGGUUAAUGAUGUCAUGGAGGAAAGAGAGAACCAAAGUUAAGCAGUUGUAUCGUUUAAGUGGCAUGCCCUAUGCUUUAAAUGUGUGGGUGUAUGAAUGUGCAUCUAAUGCAUGUACCAACAUACAACCGACUCGUGAGGAGUUAAUUAUACUUCAGUUGCCGGACAAUCUGGUUGUCUCUCAUACCAAAAAUUCUUUGUCUGCUGAUAAACCUACAAAAGCUGGAUCGGAUGACAUUCCUGGGUUUAAGGAUUUCUCCUCUAAACUAUCGGAUCAGAUUGUUAGGAGGAUGAAACAACGCAUAUCUGGUACAUCAUUUACACCCCCUCCCCCUCCGAAGAGAAGAAAGAAAGUUGUUUUGACCAAACAAGCAAUGGAACAAUCAGAGCAGUCCCCUGUGAUAGAAAAAGAACCAUUCCAUAUUCUAGAUUCAGCUGAUCCUUCAUCUGAUCCCAAAGAAAACAAAGAUUUUUCAGAAAUCAAAUAUGUUAAGCAAUAUUUGACGAAAUAUGUGGACAAUAAGUUUGAUGAUCUUAAAGUCUUUAUCAAAGAUAAUCUCAAAGUUCUGAUGAAAUCAGUCCGGAAGAUAAAACGGAAGAAAAAAACUGCCAGAUCACUUCCAAUCUCGGAUGAAGAGGUAAUCGAAGAAGAUAAUGUGAAUCAACCUGAAACUACUAAUCAAUUUGUUGAACAUAAUUCUCCAAUUGAUAUGGAGUUUGUCAACAACGUCCUCAUUGAUAACCCUGAUGUAGAGGUUGAAGAAGAAACACAGGAUGAUGAUACAUUAAAGGAUAAAAGAGGCAACGAUGAUCUAUCGGAACCACUAUCUACAAUGGAUGUUCCUCUUGCAGGAAAUUUUGAUGAUACAUCAAAAGAUCCACAAGCUGGUGAGGAAGUAUCCGAUGAAGUUCGUUAUAACAAAAAAUAUCGUGUUGCUUAUCAGGAUGAUGUAGUAGAUCUUGACACACAAAAAAAUGAGCAAUCAUCUGCGGUUCAAGAUGUUGAUGAUAACAUCCCACUUCCAGACAAAGUUCUAGUAAACAUUGAUACAUCGGAUUCUACCACAUCGACAUCCAUUUCUGCUGGAACUCAAAAAGCUAUAUACGUACUUAUUGCAGGUCUUCAUAGUCCUUUGUGUGUUCAACCAUUGAGUGCUGUCAAGUCACAUUCAUUGACCGGUACACAUCAAUUUAAUCAGAUGCCAUCAAGAAUUCUUCAAUCUCCAUAUGUGACUGAAUUUGAUUCUACUGACAAAGGAAAACAAAAAGUUGAAGAAGAAGUUUUCCCGAUCUCCCCAUUUGAUGGAUUUGGUAUUUCUUUUCAAUUUUUGUCAAAUUUAUUCGACGAAUACUCCAAAUGGAUCUCUAAAGGCCUCCUUAAAAAUCAUGCCAGCGAAAAAUCAAUGGAUGAUAAAUACAGAGCCAAAUUAGCUUUAUUUGGAUUUGAACACAUGGACUUUGUAUUUGCUUUUGCCAAGAAUAAAAAAUGGUUUUAUGCCAUAUCUCAGCCAAAAAAUGCUGAUAUAUCAGAUGAGCACAUCGAUGUAGUUUUGUACUACUUAAGGAAGAAGUCAAAAUUGCGCAGCCCUAAUGAGUACCGAUUCACCACUAUCAAUUGCUUAUUCAAGACUUUUAUUAAUGAUGUAUACAAUAGGUACUACUGCAGCGCUUCUGAUGAUAAUUUAACUACGCAAGAACACAUGGCGCGUGGUGCUGUUGUAUCUGCAAUCGAGAGGUCAAUUAUAAACAUAAUCAAAGAAUUUUUCAUCCCGGCUGGAUUACCAUGGCAUCUAGUUGAUGAGGUAUACAUUCCGGCGAACUCAGAUGGUGAGUUCCAUUGGGUGUUGGCUGUUGUUGUUUUAAAAGAGAGGCUCAUUCGCGUAUACGAUUCAUCAAUGGGUACAAGAGUAAAAGAGCCAUGUGGUGAGAUAAAAAAAGUUGGUGACUAUGCUGUCAUCUUUCCUUCAUGA